AUGGCAUCUGCCCCUGAUACUGAGUCAAUCCCUGGCUAUACAAUCUUCCGUGAGGGGGAUUAUGAGAGUGUUGCUGCCACUGCCAUGCUGCCACAAGCCACCCCGCACCCGUUAGAUCAACUUUCUAUUAAGGAAAUCCCCGAGGCAGCAAAGAUCAUCCGAGAUUAUGCCAACCCCAAGUCUAUCAAGUUCAACUGCCUCACACUCCGUGAGCCCCGCAAAGCGGAAUACCGCGCAUUCCGUGCUGGUGCCGUCCCAGCUCCUGCCCGUCGUGCUUUUGCCAUUGUCAUCGUGCGCGAAACAAAUAAAAUUGCAGAGGUAGUGGCCAACCUCGCCACCGGCAGAGUUGAGGAUUGGAAGGACGUUCACGACGUUAUGCCUACCCUCACCCUGGAGGAUCUCGACGUGAUGGAGCGUGCUGCCCGCAAGGACGCCCGCGUCAUCCGUGCCUGCAAGGACAUCGGUAUCACCGAUAUGAGUAAGGUGUUCUUUGACGCAUGGGCUAUCGGAAUCGAUGAGCGCUGGGGAUAUGAGCACCGCCUCCAGCAGGGUCUAGCUUAUUAUCGCAACUCUGAGUUCGAUAACCAAUACGCCCAUCCUCUGGAUUUCAGUGUUGUUGCCGAUACCGAAACAGAAGAGGUCCUCAGCGUUGAUAUUCGCUACGUGAACGGCGAGCGGACUGCUGUUCCUCUCAAGGAACACAACUAUCUGCCAGAAUUCAUCGGUGACAAGUACAGACAUGAUCGCUUGAAGCCUAUUGACAUCACUCAGCCUGAAGGUGUCUCUUUUAAGGUCCGCGGCAAUGAGCUAACCUGGGCCAACUUUAAGAUGCAUAUUGGCUUCAACUACCGUGAAGGGAUUGUCAUUUCCGACGUGAGAACGCACGACAUGUAUGAGGACCGCGAGCGCACUCUCUUCAACCGUAUCUCUGUCGUUGAGAUGGUUGUUCCCUACGGCUGCCCCGAGAAGCCCCACCAGAAGAAGCACGCUUUUGAUGUCGGCGAAUACGGCACCGGUCUGAUGACAAACUCCCUAAAGCUAGGGUGUGACUGCAAGGGUGCCAUUCACUACAUGGAUGGUGUUAUGUCUACAUCUAAGGGUGAGGCCGCCGUAGUUAAAAACGCCAUCUGCAUUCACGAGGAAGACAAUGGUCUCCUUUACAAGCACACCGACUUCCGGGACGGCACGGUGAUCUCUGCCCGUGACCGUAAGCUCAUCGUCUCCCAAAUUAUCACUGCCGCCAACUACGAGUACGGCUUCUACCACACCUUCACAUUGGAUGGGACCUACAAGCUGGAGGUGAAGCUGACCGGUAUGCUGAACACAUACUGUAUGCACCCAACCGAAACCGCCGCUCCCUUCGGUACAGAAGUCGCACCCUCCAUUACCGCACACAAUCACCAGCACCUAUUCUCCCUCCGCAUCGAUCCUGAAAUUGACGGCCAAAACAACUCCGUCGUCCAAAACGACGCUGUCUCCUCCGAAGCGGCCGUCGGCUCCCCAGAGAACCCAUACGGAAACGGAUUCUACAGCAAGAAGACCCCCCUCCGCACAGCACUCGAGGGCGCAGCCGACUACUGCUACGAGACGAACCGAUCAUGGGACAUUAUCAACCCAAACCGCAUGAACACCAUCGCGAAAAAGCCCGUCGCCUACAAGAUCCUCAACAACAACUGCCCCCCUAUGCUAGCUAAGCCAGGCAGCACCGUCUGGAAGCGCGCCGCUUUCGCCCGCAAGCCGCUCUGGGUUACUCCUUACAAGGACUAUGAGCUCUUUCCAGCUGGUGACUACGUCUGCCAGUCUGACGGCUCUGAGGGACACCCUCACAAUUCGACCAUCGCUGACUGGGCGCAGCGGGAUGGAAACAUCGAGAACACCGAUAUCGUCUGCUACAUGCAAUUCGGGUUGACGCACUUCCCGCGUACUGAGGAUUUCCCCGUCAUGCCUGCCGAGCCGGUUAGCAUUAUGCUGCGUGCGUCGAACUUCUUUGAGAAGAACCCUGGUCUCUGGGUGCCGCCUUCCGCGAUUUGUGUCGAUACCCAGUCGAAGAAUGCGUUUCCUUCUGCUUGUUGUGCCCCCAGCAAAUCACGGAUGUGA